GCAGGCACCCCAAGCCGCGGAAGGUGACGCCGCUCUUGCGCUCCGCCCUGGAGGCGCACCCGAGGACGGCCUCAUCGUCCAGGAGGCCUUCUGCGAGGGCUGCUGCGCGCUCCUCUCUGGCGAGCAGCUGAUCUUGGGCAUCCAGCCCGCGCUGCUCUGGACAAGCCUGUGGCCGCUGGCAGCGCACGCGCGCCGCGAGAUCGCGGAGGCCGCCUCGCUCGCCCUGUGCCGCCUGACGUGGCUCUCCAAGGCCCCGGCUGCAGCCGGGUCGGCCGGGGACCAUCAGUCCGCCCCCAGCGUGGACGAGGCUAUCGAGACCGCGUGUUCCGAGUUCUCCGACGUCUUCGCCACGGCGGCCCGGUCCGCGGACGCCGCUGGCGCGUCGACGUUGGCCGCUCAGGCCCACAGCGAGCGUCUGCUGGAGCACCUGCACCGCCUGGUGCUCUUCGGCCGGGGGCCGGCGCAGCAAGCCUCGGCUGGGCGCCGCGGGCAGCGCGGUGGAGCCACGGAGGAUUCGCUGGUGGUCGUCCUGCCCAUCGCCAGGCUCGUCGGCACCAUCGACUCCGUAGUCGUGGCCAUCCUCCGCGACUCGAGCAAGGAGGCCCGCGCCGGCAGGGCCGCUCGCGCGGCGCUCGCACGCGGCCUGGAGCUCGCAGCAGCCCUCGCGGAGGUGGCCGGUGCUGCGCUGCUGCCACACACCGCUCAGGUGCGGAAGUGGCUGGAGUACGUGGCCGUGUUGCCGCGGGCCGGGCAGGCUGAGACGCGCCAGGCGGCAUGCGGCCUCGUGGUGGCGCUGGCGGGGUCCGCGCCAUCCGCGCUGCUCCGGGGCCCACUGCUCAAGCAGCUCGCCCACUUCUGCCUGGCGGGCAUGCGGCCAGACGGCAGCCACGGCCAGGGGACGGCGGCGGCCCCGCCGGCGAGCACGCGGAAGCGGAAGGCGUCGGCAUUCGACGAGGGCCCCGCCGCUGGCGCAGGCACAAGCUCGUCGCUGCAGAGUUCUGCAGACGGCCAGGCCGUGGAUGUCUUCAGGUCGGCGUGCCUCGUGCUGGCGCCGCUGCUCUCGCUCGGGGCGCCGCUGCUCCAGGCGCCCGACCUGUCGGCCGUGGCGGAGCAGGCGGCGCGGGUGCUCUGGCUCGGCAUCCUCGCGCCGCCCGCAGCGGAGGCGACACACGAGACCGUCUACUACCGCGCGAUCUGCCAGGACGGUCCCUCGGUGAUGGCGAUCCUGGACGUAUUCGAGGCACUGCACCGGCCGCCGCGGAUCGGCGCCGGGCCGCUGGCGCCGGGGCUGCUGAACGCGAUCCUGGCGCUGGUGGACGCCGUGGCUGCCGCCUUCCAACGCCGGCCUGCUACGCGUAGUGGCGAGAGGUCGCGUUCGGCCAUCGGGCAUGACUUUGUCCGUGCACGAGCGCUGCAGCUCCGGAGCGCGCUGGCCGCGGCGGGGCAGCCGCUCGCGGGCGGCGCGUCGGCGGCCACGGCCGCGGCCUCGCAGGUCACCAUCGCGUGGCCCGAGGCCGCCCCCGCCGAGGCGCACGGCACCACCCAUCAGCCAGCCCCCCCGCCCGUGCCGCUGGCCGGGGGAGCUGCGCCGGGGGAGCCGGCGGCAGCGAAAGAGCAGGCCCAGGCCUCGGAGACCGCUGCGCCGGCGCUCGCCCCCACCAGCGGGGACGGCGGCGGCGGUGGGCCGGCGGCAGAGGGCACGCAGGAGCCCCCCGCGGCGCCCCCGCCGCCCGCGGAAGUCGCCGCGGCCGCCGCGCCCCUGGCGCAGGAAGGCGAGGGCGCCCCUGGGAACCUCGAAGUCAGGGGCAACGAGAAGGGGGGAUAG